AUGUCAUGGAAUUCUAGUUCUGAUUGUUGUGGCUGGUACGGGGUAAAAUGCAAUUCACUCUUACAUUCACGGCCUGUGAUCGGUCUUGAUCUCUCUUCUCUUGUUUCCUCUAUGACUCCUGUGAUUUCAGAGUCCUUGAAGCCACUUUUUCGCAUAAGAAGCUUGAUGAUACUCGAUAUCUCCGCCAAUAACAUUCAAGGAGAAAUUCCUUCAGAUGGCCUAGUCAACUUCACUAAAUUGGUUUAUCUUGACAUGUCCUAUAAUCACUUCAAUGGCUCCAUUCCUUCUCAUUUGUUCCAUUUGACAAGUCUUGAAUUUCUUGAUCUGACCGGCAAUUCUUUUGAAGGGACUCUAAGUAGUGAAGUGGGUGCUCUUCAGAACUUGAACACAUUGAAGUUGCGGGGGAACCAUCUCCAUGGAGGUAUUCCAACCGAUAUCGGGAACCUCACUCGUCUGCAGAUAUUGCAGUUGGAUUCAAACUUUCUCAAUGGAGAGAUCCCACUAGAGAUAGGGAACCUCACUCUUCUGCAGCUAUUGAUGCUUUCCCAUAAUAGUUUCUCAGGUGGAUUUCCAUCCACAAUCUCGAAUUUAAAGCGCCUAACAUUUUUGGACUUGCAGGACAAUUCUUUGUCAAUGGAGAUACCGGCUGGGAUUGGCGAAUUGUCCAAUCUAUCGACUCUGCUUUUAGGCUAUAACAAGUUCUCCGGUGGAUUCCCAGUCGCAGUCUUGCAAUUGAAGGGCCUGGAAGUCUUGGAGUUGCAAGGCAAUUCUUUGGCAAUGGAGAUUCCUGCUGGGAUUGGUGAACUAUCCAAUCUAUCGGCUCUGAUCUUAAGCAAGAACAUAUUCGUUGGUCGAAUUCCAUCAACCAUACAGAAAUUAAGCAAUUUGAGAACACUCAAAUUGGACAAUAACUUGUUGUCUGGAGUGAUCCCACCAUUUCUGUUCGAUAUCAAGAGCCUAGAAAACCUGGAUCUCGGUGGAAACAAACUUACUUGGAAUCACAAUGUGAAGAUAACUCCCAAGUGCAUGUUAACCUCAUUAUCUCUAAGUUCUUGCCGACUCGUUGGACACAUCCCUGAUUGGCUUGCCACACAAAAGAGCCUCAGUUUCUUGAACUUGAGCAACAAUGAGCUUGAGGGAACUUUCCCCCAAUGGCUUGCUGAAAUGGAUCUAAGAUUUAUUAUUCUUUCAGAUAACAAACUCGUAGGUUCAUUACCACCUCUUUUGUUUCAGUCACAAAAUCUUGGAGUGCUAGCCCUUUCGAGGAACAAUUUCUCCGGUGAACUUCCAAAGAACAUUGGGGAUGCUAUUGGCCUCCGGAUGCUCAUGUUGGAUAACAACAAUUUUACAGGGUUAGUGCCUGAAUCCAUUACAAGUAUUACUUCUUUAUUGUUGUUGGAUUUAUCACACAACAAGUUUUUUGGCAUUCCCAUUUUUCCAGUUACAAGAUAUAUUAGUUUGUCUUCCAAUGAAUUCAAAGGGGAGGUCCCAUUGGCUUCCUUUGGGCAGGAUACAAGGAUACUUGCAUUGGGACAGAACAAGUUCUCAGGUCCAUUGCCUAAGUUCCUCACAAACUUGAGCCAACUCCAACACCUUGAUCUCCAAAGCAACAAUAUCAUAGGAGAAUUGCCAGAGUCUUUCUCAAAAAUGUACUCCCUUCAGGUUCUAAAUCUUCGGAACAACUCCAUCGGAGGCUCGAUUCCUGAGGCAAUAUCCAAUCUUAGUAGCCUUCGUAUCCUUGACCUCUCCAUCAAUAACCUUGUUGGUAGCAUUCCCUCAAAGUUUGGAGAUCUUAUAAAAUCAGUUCACAUGGAAAAUACCUACUUAUCAGAACGAUUGCCAAUCCCCAACGAUAUGAUCGACAUGAAGGAGAAUUGGAUGAAAUUCCAACAGUUGGUUGUGAAUUGGAAGAAAUCAAUGAGAGGUCUCUCUAGCCAUAGCCUUAAUACUGAUGACUAUUGUUUAAUGGACUUGUCAAGGAACCAAUUAACUGGAAAAAUCCCAGAUUCCAUUGGCGAGCUUAAAGGCCUAAAGUCUCUAAACGUCUCCUACAACCAGCUGACAGGAAUAAUUCCAACGACUUUGGGUGAGCUAGAGAAUGCCGAGACACUGGAUUUAUCACACAACAAACUUUCUGGAGAAAUACCACCCUCAUUUGCAAAGCUCGAACAGCUUACCGUAUUAGACCUGAGUAACAAUAAGCUAGGAGGUCCAAUCCCAAGAGGUAGGCAAAUGGACACCAUGGACGAUCCAAAUAUCUAUGCCAACAACAGUGGGUUGUGUGGGAUGCAAAUCAAGAUCUCAUGUUCAAUUUCCCCGUCGAAACAUGAACAUUCACCAGAAAAUUCGCAGCAAAGAAAGAGUGAAGAGAAGUGGUUUAUGUUAGAAGGUGCUGGAAUUGGUUUCCUAGUUGGGUUUUUAUCAAUAAUAGGAAUCAUCUAUGCUACUGGGUAUUUUGAUCUCCCAACACCCCGGCACCGCCGUGCCUAUAGACGUCGUCGCCAAAGUUAA